AUGAACGGCAAAGAAAGACCUCAGAGAAGUGGAGCUGGAAUUCGCAAAACUUUAUCCCAAGACUUCGUGUGGCCCGACAGUUUCGGCAGAAAAGAAGAUUUAGGACAGAAAAAAGACACGAUAGUGGGAAAUGAGCCUUCCAGAGACCAAGCAGAGACAAGUGAGGUGAUUAAAAGACCAAAGUCGAUUGCAUCAAUGAAAAGUAAGUCAAUGAGUAGAGAGAGCUUAAGAACGUCCAAGACUCUAAGCAUUAAUGUAGCCAGAAGAAGAAUUAAUUUGGAAACUGAAAGAAAAAGGCAGGAAAUAGAGAUGAAAAAACUGGAGAUUGAAAAUGCUUUGAGACUGUUAAAUCUGGAAGAAGAAUUAGUACAAGACGAAGAUGCUUCAGGAAAAGAAGAAUUAGAUGAAGAAGAGGGCAGGCACAGUGAAAAGAAAUACUAUAACAAUACAAUGAUAAAUCAAUGGGUUAAAAGAAAACAAGAAGAGAUUGAUGAUGACACAGAAAAGUACAUUAACACAUUCCCACAGCAAUGUGAUCCAAGUGUUAAGAUGUUGUGUGAGACCGUUAAUGAGGUACUCCAUUCGGUGAAUAAUACAGUUCUACAGAAUAUAAGACCAGAGAAACGUGAGUUUUCAGAAUUUAUCUGCUUUGAUGGGAAUCCCCUGGAUUGGCCAGUUUUUAUUCGUCAAUUUCGUAACUUAACCGAGUCAAGUCGUUAUUUAGCAGACGAAAUUGUUUUCAAACUUCAAAAAUGUUUGAAAGGCCCUGCAAAGGCAGCAGUUGCGGGUAUAAUGUUGACUUCUGAUGUGGCCAAAAUUAUUGCAACAUUAGAAACUCGUUUUGGCCGACCUGAUGUAAUUAUAGAGAUGCUACUGUCCAAAAUAAGAGUAAUACAACCAAUAAAAGACACAAAUUUGGAAAAAUUGAUACACUUCUCGACCGAAGUCACUAAUAUCGUAACCAUAAUGAAAUCUCUACAUUCUAUUGGUCAUUUACAGAAUCCACAAUUACAAAGAGAUUUAGUGAGUAAACUGCCAGACGAGUUGAAAAUCAAAUGGGGUGAAGUAAUAAUUCAAAAGAAAAGACAAAAUUGUGAAACCAAUCUUGAAGAUUUUGCUAAUUGGUUGGCUACUUUUUCAGAGGCAGCUUGUCAAGUAAGUGUUACUAGCUUUUCUGCCCAUUGGGAUAGAUCUAAAUUUCCCUGGGACAAAACGAGAUCGUCUUUCUACAAUGGAAGAAGUACAGAAAGAGUGUUCACUCUUCAUGAUGGAAGAGUUCUUAAAUGCAAUUAUUGUGAAGAGCCCGCCCAUGAUGACAAUUGUCCAAAAAUAGAAAUGGAUGAUAUGGAAAGUAGAUGGAAGGUUGUAAGAUCGAAAAAAUUAUGUUUUUCUUGUCUCAAGAGAAAUCAUCAAAAACUCAGGUGUAGAAACAAAAAAAUUUGUGGAAAGAAUGGAUGCAAACUGUCACAUCAUUCACUUCUUCAUAAUGAAAUCAAGAAAUCAAGUGAAAACCCGAUAGUAUCAGAACCCGUAUCUACGAAUAUUGUUGGUAUGGUGAGAAGUGAAACUACAGUUUUAUUGCGGUUCGUUCCACUCAAAAUUCAUGGUCGAAACGGAACUCUCAAAAUUUAUGCUUUGUGUGAUGAAGGCUCAACAGUUACACUCUUACAUGACAAGAUAGCCGAUCAAAUUGGAAUACUGGGUGAAAAACAGCCAUUAUGUUUACAAUGGACUAAUGAUGACGUGAUAAAGGAAGAAAAUUCUACUCGACUAGACAUAAACAUAUCAAGAAUCGACAAUGAUGACACCUUUCUACUAAGAGGGGUUCGCACAGUUUCGAAUUUAUCGCUUCCUAAACAAUCUUUCAAUUUACAUGACCAUCAAUAUUUGGAAGGUAUUCCUAUUGAGAGUUAUACGAAAGUGAAACCUGUUAUGAUCAUUGGUCAGGACAACAUCGAUUUGAUUAUACCCAGGCGUAUCCAAUCUACACCAACAAACUCAAUUGUUGCUUCUAAAUCUAAAUUAGGUUGGUCUGUACAUGGACCAAUCCAAUCAGACAUACAAAAUAGAUCGGGAUAUCACAUUUUUCAUAUAUGUGACGAAAGAGAACCUGAACAAGAUUUGAAGGAUAUCAUGGAAAAAUUCUACACUACAGAAUCUUUUGGAACAAUUCCUGUUUCUAAAUUGGAAGUAAAUGAGGAAGAUACCAGAGCCAACGAAAUAAUGAAUAGAACAAUAAAACAAGUUGGCGAGAGAUAUGAAAUAGGAUUGCUAUGGAAGAAUGAUGAAUGCAAAAUGCCAAAUAGUUAUGCUACAGCCAUGCAAAGAUUAAAUUGUACUGAAAGGAAAUGUUUGAAAGAUAAAUAUUUAGCUGAUGAAUAUUGUGCCAAAUUUGAAGAUCACGUGAGAAAAAACUAUCUACGAAAGCUAUCAGUAGAAGAGAUUAAAAAUUGUGGUCCCCGCACAUGGUACCUGCCGCACUUUGCAGUGAUAAAUCCAAAUAAGAAAAAGGUAAGAGUGGUCUUCGAUGCAGCAGCAAAAUCCAAUGGUAUCAGUCUGAAUGACAUGCUGCUGACUGGUCCUCAUCAAAUGAAUUCUCUUGGAGCUAUCUUGCUGAAAUUUCGUCAGAAAAAGAUCGCCUUUUGUGGUGACGUGAGGGAAAUGUUCCAAAGAGUACUGAUACGUGAAGAAGACAGGGACUCACAACGCAUUUUAUGGAGAAAUUUAGAAAAUUACAGAGAACCAGAUGUUUACCACGUAAACGUUAUGACAUUUGGAGCAAAAUGUUCGCCAGCCUGUGCACAGUUUGUUAAGAAUUAUAAUGCGAAAAAUUAUUCCGAAGGAGAAAUUCAAAAGGCCAUUCUUGAAAAAUUUUAUGUGGAUGACUACUUGGAUUCAGCUGAUGAUGAAAAGGAAGCCCUAGCCCUAAUAGAUGGAGUUAAAAACACCAUGCAGAUUGCUGGCUUUGAAGUAGUUAGCUGGAUAUCAAAUUCCGUUUCUCUGAUGAGUUUAGUAACCGAAAGAACCCAGAAUGUUCGGGAAGAUUCUGAAGAAAAAUCAGAACAUCGAGUUUUAGGAAUUUUGUGGAAUUUCAGAACUGAUGAAUUCACAUUCAAAAUUGAUUUCAGUAAAUAUGAAAACUUACGGCCAACCAAGAGGAAUGUUUUAAAGUCGAUUAUGACAUUAUUUGAUCCCAUGGGAUUCGUAUCGCAUUUUAUUGUUAAAGGAAAGAUUUUAAUGCAACAAAUAUGGAAAGCUAAAAUUGAAUGGGAUCAGGAAUUACCAGAAAAUUUCAAAAUAACUUGGAGAAAAAUGUUAGAAAAUUUCAAAUUGAUAAAUAAUUUUAAAUUCCCAAGAUGUUACAGUGUAAACAUACCAAAUGCUGAAAACAUAGAGCUACACACAUUCUCAGAUAGCAGUAAAGAAGCCUUUGCAGCGAUCUCCUAUCUCAGAGUAGAGUCAGGAGACAAAAUAGAUACAAUGAUAGUAAUUUCUAGGACUAGGGUUGCCCCAAUGAAAGAAUUAUCUAUACCACGGCUUGAACUACAAGGUGCAAUCCUAGGAAGCAGAAUAGCUGCAAGUGUAACUAGAUCUUUAGAAAUACCAAUCAAUCGAGUUUAUUUUUGGACAGAUUCAAUGUGUGUACUUGGAUGGAUAAGAGAUAAAUCGAACAAAUACAAACAGUUCGUUUCCAAUCGAGUUGCAGAAAUUAGAGCUUCGAGUGAUGUGGAUCAGUGGAGAUGGGUUCCUACAAGUGAAAAUCCUGCAGACUUAACUACACGACAGGCACCUACCAAUUUUAAUGCAACAAAUAUGGAAAGUUAA